UAUGCACCCCUGGAGAAAUUUAAAUCUUAUACUAUUUAAAAGAUAGAAUUUAUGGCAUAAAAUGUAAAAAUAAAGACUUGGUUUCUAUUUAAAACUCUUGUCUACGAUGAAGCCGCUGUCUAGAGAGGGAUUCCCUCUGUCGUCAUUGCUUGGUUACCAGUAAACAGCAAACUACACAGUUCCAUAUUUGGGCAUGUACGUCAGGGAUCCCGGAUGGGCGGCGCUUCCUCGCAGGAGGGGUUUUAUCGCGUAUCCUGGGCAAUAAAACAGAGUGGGAGCUCGGUUGGAGUGCCAUUUGCAGCUCGGGCCACGGCGGUUUCACUUGUGCUAGUCGAGGACCCGCUGUUUUUUUCGUCGAGCGCGGAAUUUGACCAUUUCCCUCCAUCUGGCAGCUUGCUAUUCUAAUGAGCCUGACGUCGGUGGAUACAUGGUUAUAAGAAGGCAGGGCGAGGAACUGGUUCAUUCAUAAAGUGAGCGCCGCAGCGAGUAGGAGCAGCAGCAGCGGGAGCACCAUCAUCGGACGCUAGAACACCGCACAGGGUUUAUUUUAAAGAAAAUAGUUGUUCUCUUACAAACGGGAAACUGGAUUCAAGAGGAAACAAAUCGUGGCUGUUCAACGAUUGGGAGGACAUGUACCAGGGAUUCUCAGGCGACUUCGACUCGGCUUCAAGAUGCAGCUCUUCGCCCUCGGAGCCUCAGUAUCUGUCAUCCGUGGAUUCCUUCAGUCAGAGUAUCGGCAGCCCGACCACCGCGGCCCAGGAGUGUGCGACAGGCGUUGGCGAGUUGCCAGGAUCCUUUGUGCCAACUCUCACCGCCAUUACCACCAGCCAGGAUCUCCAGUGGAUGGUUCAACCGACCGUCAUUUCCUCGGUGGCUCAGCCACAGCCCCAGCCUCCACUCCCCUCCAUGGCCCAUCCAUCCAUGGACCCGUAUAACCUCCCGAGCACCAGCUACUCCGCCCCUGCCAUGUGCUCCUAUAGCAGCGGCGAGCCAUCCAGGCCCGCCCGAGCUGGCCGCUCCAGAAGGGCCCGCGAUGAGACGCUGACCGCCGAGGAGGAGGAGAAGCGCCGUGUCCGCAGAGAGAGAAACAAACUGGCCGCCGCCAAGUGUCGCAACCGGCGCCGGGAGCUGACCGACCGUCUGCAGAACGAGACGGACGAGCUAGAGGAGGAGAAGGCCGAGCUACAGUCUCAGAUCGCCGAGCUUCACAAGGAGAAGGAGCGGCUGGAGUUUGUGCUGGUGGCCCACAAGCCCGCCUGUAAGAUCCCGUUCCAGGACCCCCUGAACACGCAGCCGCCCAGUGCGGCCGGUGCCGAGGUGAGCUCUCUCGGAUUGCCUCUGGGCAUGGACGGGAAGGAGCCCACGUUGACCGGGAACUACCCGCCGGGCUGCCAUCUGCCGGCGGAGGUACCGUUCAGUAGCCCUUUCUACCCGCCCUGCCAGACCGUCCAGCCAUUUUUGAAUAGUAGCGCCGACACCUCAUACACGUCUUCAUUUGUGUUCACCUACCCAGAGGGAAGUAGCUGCGGCCUCGUCCACCAGCGGAACAGCAACAGCGACCAAUCCUCCGACUCUUUGAACUCGCCAUCUCUGCUGGCUCUCUAACCUGCUCUAAACUCAUGCACCCACCCCCCUCUACCCGACACCCCCUCUCUCAAACGUCCAGCGCUGCUUUACCCCCCUCCGGGCCCAGA